AUGUUUCUCUGUCUUCUUACCUUGACUGUUCUUGUCCCUCUGGUUUCUCUGGCAGGACUGUUCUACUCAGCCUCUGUGGAAGACAGUUUCCUUCAGGGCUGCACCGGCACUGCCAGCUUGUGCGUUUACUGUCUGCUCUUGCCCAUGACCAUACUGGUUUAUGUGUUCUACCUUUGGACUUGGAUGGGUAUUAAGUUCUUCAGACAUAAUUAA